AUGAGUUGGUCUAGCAAACCAUCUAUGUUGAGUGUCUUCUGGUAAGUAAUGGAAACUGUGGUUUAAAUCUAAGCUUAAUAAGAUAAACAAAUUUCAAAAUUUAAACAACAAAUACUGAAGUAUAAACCAAUCUGCGCACCAGCUAGUUUAAUUGUGUUAUUGCCAAUUAAAAUAUUUAAGAUUAUUUCACACUGAUGAACAAAACUCAUUCAUUUUGACUUGCCCAUUAAAUAUGCAACAAUAACACUAAGCCUUAUAGACAACAGUGCAUAAUAGAAAACAAGGAUACCAAAUUAUGAGGUGUUUUUUCCUUAAACAGUGUCUACUUAGGUUGCGUUAGAAAAACACCCUGUAUAACACAACCAGCUGUUUAGAUUCAUUGCUACAAUCUAUUGGGAUUUUCUACAUCAUGGAGAAGAAUGAUCCCGCUAAAAACACCAGCCAAGAAAUUUUGGUCGAAGUUUGUAACAAGAAUAAAGGAGUGAUUACCUUAAACAGGCCAAGAUCUUUAAAUGCUCUUAAUUUACCAAUGACAACGACUAUUUUAUCUACAUUAAAAAAAUGGGAAAAUGAAAUGGAUCUAGUUGUUGUAAAGUCUGCUUGCGAUAAAGCAUUUUGUGCUGGUGGUGAUGUAUUUGCAAUGGCAGCUGGUGGUCCAUCAAAUCCUCAGUAUGGGAUCGAGAAUACCAACAACGCUUAUACAAUAGUGUACACCAUAAACAAAUACAAGAUCCCAUACAUCUCUUUAGUCGAUGGAAUUGCUAUGGGAGGCGGAGUAGGUUUGUCACAUUCAGGAAAAUACUGCAUCGCAUCAGAAAAAUCCGUUUUCGCAAUGCCCGAAACAUCGAUUGGUUUUUUCCCGGAUGUGGGAACGAGUUAUUUCUUCUCAAGAUUGGGAAAUUUGGGUUUAUAUUUAGCUCUAACUGGGCACAAACUACAUGGAAAGGACGCAGUGAAGAUCGGUUAUGCGUCCCAUUUUGUAGAGAGUAAAAACCUUUCUGCUCUUAUUGACGACAUUUUGAAGAACGAGGGUAACGAUUUAGAAAAUGUGAUUGAGAACUAUUCAGAGGAUAUUUCUGACCAUGUUCUGAGUCUAACACCUCACUUACAAUUGAUUGAUAGAGUAUUUUCCGCUCAAAGUGUCAAGGAGAUUAUGGAAAGGCUGCGUUCUGAAGGGUCUGAAUUUAGUAAAGUGACUUUGAAUCAACUGAACAAGAUGUCACCAAUUGCGCUGAAAACGGUGAAAACGCAGUUAGAGAAAGCUUCCGGUAUGAGUAUGAAAGAAUGCUUACAAAUGGAUCAUAGACUGGCGAAGGCUGCAUUUAGAGCCAUCUCUUCCUGUGAUUUUUAUGAAGGCACCACAGCUUUAAAGCAGAAACGAGUUCCAAAAUGGAAUCCAGAAAAGCUAGAAGAUGUCAGCGAUGAAAUGGUCGAAAAACUCUUUUUGCCUACAGAAGAAGAACUUGAUUUAUAA